AUGCCCGCAGACUACUGCUUCAUGCUGUUCGAGAUCACCAUUGAGUGCAUUCAGGACCUGUCUGAAGACUUGGAAUGGAAAAUUAUCUAUGUGGGCUCUGCAGAAAGUGAAGAAUACAAUCAAGUUUUAGACUCUGUUUUAGUGGGUUCUGUACCUGCGGUAAGGGAUAUGCUUGUAUUUAAGGCUGAUGUGCCUAAUCCAGGACUCAUUCCAGAUGAAGAUGCACUUUUCCCACAUUCACGUGGCCACUGGGCCGGACUACGGGGCGUGAGUGCAGAGCUCGGGAGUGCGGCAGUCAGCGUGUUGGCAGGACAAGCAUUUAGAAAAUUUCUUCCGUUCUUUGACCAGGUAUUAGUUGAGAGGAGUGCAGCUGAAACUGUAACCAAAGGAGGCAUUGUGCUUCCUGAGAAAUCUCAAGGAAAGGUGUUGCAAGCCACGGUGGUUGCUGUUGGGUCGGGCUCAAAAGGGAAGGGUGCAGAAAUUCAACCAGUUAGUGUAAAAGUUGGAGAUAAAGUACUUCUACCAGAAUACAGAGGCACCAAAGUGGCUCUAGAUUACAAGGAUUAUUUCUUGUUUAGAGUCGGUGACAUUCUUGGAAAGUAUGUAGAUUGA